CUGAGCAAGGCUUGGGUGGGUCUGGGAGAGUCCGGGGGGCUCCAGACGGGACCCCCAUCGCAGGGGCCUCCCGGCGGCUCCCGGGGCCCCGUAGGCUCCACCGGAGCCGCGCUCCGGGAUGCCGAGCAAAGCCAAGGCGCAAAAAGCAGGGCGGGCGGCGGGAGAGCUGCGGUGCAGAGGGACCCGGUGCUGCUGGAGUUCACAGUUUCGCUGGUGGAGAAGAUGCAGGCUCAGGAGAUCCUGCGGAGCCUGCGGCUCCCCGAGUUCGAUGACCUCAGCCAGUUCUUCCGCAACCUGCCGGCCACGGCGCUGGUGGGCAUCGGUGCCUUCGCGGCCGUCGUCGCCUACUGGUUCGCCAGCCGGCCCCGGGCCGUGAAGCCGCCCUGCGACCUGCGCAUGCAGUCGGAAGAAGUCGAGGGCCUGGCCGGGGCGCGCCGCUCGGUGAUCGGGGACAGCCCGCAGCUGCUGACGCACUACUACGAUGAUGCCAGGACCAUGUACGAGGUCUUCAGGAGGGGAUUCAGCAUCUCUGAGAAUGGCCCCUGCCUGGGCUUCAGAAAGCCCAAGCAGCCCUACCAGUGGCUGUCCUACAAGGAGGUGGCUGAAAGAGCAGAAGCUCUGGGUUCAGGCCUUUUGCAGCAGGGCUGCAAGCCAUCCACUAAGCAGUUCAUUGGCGUCUUCGCUCAAAACCGCCCAGAGUGGAUCAUCUCUGAGCUGGCUUGCUACACCUAUUCCAUGGUGGUUGUUCCCCUGUAUGACACCUUAGGCCCUGGAGCCAUUCGGUACAUUGUCAACACAGCUGACAUUUCCACGGUCAUUUGUGACAAGCCUGAAAAAGCCAGGAUACUCCUUGACCAUGUGGAGAGGAAAGAAACACCAGGCCUGAGGUCUAUCAUCCUGAUGGACCCAUUUGAGAAGGAGCUGAGAGAGAGAGGGAGGAGCUGUGGGGUUCGUAUCCAGACCAUGCAGGAGGUGGAGGACUGUGGCCGUGAGUGUCGACAUGUGCCUGUGCCUCCCCGACCAGAAGAUCUGUCAAUUGUCUGUUUUACUAGUGGCACUACAGGAAAUCCCAAGGGUGCUAUGCUGACCCAUGGAAACGUGGUGGCGGAUUUUUCAGGCUUUUUGAAAGUGACGGAGAAAGUGAUCUUUCCGAGACAGGACGAUGUGCUCAUCUCCUUCCUGCCUCUGGCUCACAUGUUUGAAAGAGUUAUACAGGUAAGAAACCUGCCUGAACUGACGAGGCCUCGUGGGGCUCCUUGUGUUUUCUUCCAGAGUCAGUGGUCUCCUACUUGUGAGGAUGUACACAUUUCCUAUUUGCCUUUAGCACACAUGUUUGAGAGAAUGGUACAGUCUGUAGUGUACUGCCACGGAGGGCGAAUUGGCUUCUUCCAAGGCGACAUUCGCCUCCUGUCUGACGAUAUGAAGGCACUGCGGCCAACCAUCUUCCCCGUCGUGCCACGGCUGCUGAACAGAAUGUAUGACAAGAUCUUCAGCCAGGCUGACACAUCCCUCAAGCGCUGGAUCCUGGAAUUUGCGGCCAGACGGAAAAAGGCCGAAGUUCGAAACGGCAUCAUUAGAAACGACAGUUUGUGGGAUAAACUUUUCUUUAAUAAAAUACAGGCAAGUCUUGGGGGUUGUGUCCGUAUGAUAGUGACAGGCGCUGCCCCCGCGUCCCCGACUGUCCUGGGCUUCCUCCGCGCCGCCCUCGGAUGCCAGGUUUAUGAAGGCUAUGGCCAAACAGAAUGCACAGCUGGAUGCACCUUUACAACUCCAGGUGACUGGACAUCAGGUCAUGUAGGAGCCCCUUUGCCCUGUAACUUAAUCAGAUUGAAGGAUGUGGAAGAACUGAAUUAUUUUGCUUCCAAAGGAGAAGGAGAGAUCUGUGUGAAAGGACCCAAUGUGUUUAAAGGUUACUUGAAAGAUGAAGAGAGGACAGCUGAGGCACUGGACCAGGAGGGCUGGCUUCACACAGGAGACAUUGGAAAAUGGUUACCUAAUGGGACCCUUAAAAUUAUUGACCGGAAAAAGCACAUUUUUAAACUUGCUCAGGGAGAAUACAUUGCACCGGAGAAGAUAGAGAAUAUCUACAUCCGCAGUGACCCUGUUGCUCAGAUCUAUGUCCAUGGAGACAGCCUGCAGGCCUUCCUGGUGGGAAUUGUGGUGCCCGAUUCUGAAGUUAUGCCAGGAUGGGCAAAGAAAAGAGGGUUUGAAGGAACAUAUGCAGAACUCUGUAAAAAUAAGGAACUGCAGCAAGCGAUAAUGGAAGACAUGGUACGGUUAGGGAAGGAGAGUGGGCUUCACUCCUUUGAGCAGGUCAAAGCCAUUUAUAUUCACUCUGAUAUGUUCUCGGUGCAAAACGGUUUGUUGACACCAACAUUAAAGGCUAAGAGACCAGAACUGAGAGAUUACUUCAAAAAACAAAUAGAAGAGCUAUAUUCAAGCAUCUCCAUCUGAAAUCACGGGAAGAAUCUUCUGAGUAAUGGACUUCAUAGCAAUAUUAGAAUAAUACUCAAAAACUACAGAGCCAGAAUGACACUGCUGAAAUGGAUAAGCAUCUGAAUCUUACAUUUGAGCCUUUCAUUUUUCUAGGAUUUCAUCACUAACCAUAUUUUCCCUUCUUUUUGCCAUCAGGUGUGAUACAAUUUCUUUUUUACUCUAGGUAUACAGUAAGGUACUACUAAAAGUUAUGCUAAAUUGCCACAAAAUAUGCAGAAAUUUCAAUCUAAGACCAACUAAAUUAUGGAAGCAUAUCUUUUAAAUAACUACAAAAAUUUCUAGUUAAAAUAGGGAAAAUUUCAGGUAUGUCUGUUGAUAUUUGAUUGUAUACAACCUAAUACAUUAGAAACUAAAAUAAUAAGUAAUUCAAUAAUGUGGUCUACCUCAAAUAAUCAGUGACUGGUGGUGAAAGUAAAAGUCUAUUUUCUCUGAUUUGGAACUUCAAGCUGGAUAUUGGUUUAUAUAGUAAGUGAUAGUUUUUAUAUUUUCAGGACAUAAAUGACAUUGAUUUGAUUUGAUUUAAUCAUCAAUGACUUAACAACCAGAACAGAAAUAGGAAGGAAUUUCCCACUAUUUGUACUUAAUAGACCUAUUAGUAUAUUACAUCUAAUGGAUUCAUGUUACCUGGAAAUGACAAGAACAGGGUAGGAAGCAAUAGCACAGAAUUCCCUCUAUUUCCUUUUCAUCCAAACACAGUUUAUCCAUGGUAUGCAGAUUCUGCAUUAGGGCUCCUUCAGUCCAGUGCACUCACGGACAUCUGAACUGCCCAAACGGAGAAGGUUGCAAAAGCAUCGCUGGCUCUGUGGUGGCUUUAGGUGGGAGUUCAUGACAAUCCACAUGCUCCCAGUCCCUAAUUUAUUACUUCACAUGCUGCUAAUACUGCGUAGUCCAGCUGGACUAACUCCCUUCAGAAACAGCGCUAAAGAAAUGGAGCACAAGGAAAAAGCUGUGAUUCUGGAUGGGGCUUAGCAAAAUGAAAAGGUUUGGGAAAAGGCCAGCCUGAGAUGCAGCAGUAGAGGGCAUCCUUUAUCUGGCCAUGGAAGGGGAAGGAAUACUGCCCCAAAAGACUCAUGGGGGUGGGCUAAAGGCUGUGUUGGCCAUUGCUGUGCAAGGUGUCAUCGUAUGGCAGAACAGUGGAUGUGGUGGCAGAAUGGCCUGUUAUGGGAACAUCUUUAUGGUUAGACAUCUGGAAGCAUCAAAUCCCAUUGGCAUCACCUCUAAUGGCUUCUCUGGGAUAACCAGCAAGUUGUCUGGAUAAAACCUUACAUUUCUGUGGUCAUCAGAAAGGGUAUAAGUCUCACAAGGAGUAGGAACAGACUCUAGAGCUUUCUCUUGGUACAAAGCACGGUAAAAGGCAAAGAGAAAACUGUUAUGUCAAGUUGCUUGAAUACUUGGACUGUUGAUAGCUUCUUUCUGCUAAACAGGGUCCUAAAUAUCUGUGUCUUUUACUAGCUGAUGUUUGUUGCACCAGUAUAUGCUAGCGUGGAGCUGUGCCUGCUAGAUCUUUGCUAGGACAGUGGAAGCACACUUAUUUUCUCUCUCUUAUAGUGGAAUCCACUGUAGACGUCUGAAGCUCAAAGUUUAAAUUUUUAAUCUAAACAGUAUCUUAUUUUCUCUCCAAACUUCUGUUGCAUGCUUCCAAAUAAAAUAAAUUGAAUUAAUAAGUUAGUGUUUUACGAAGACUGAUUUAUUGUAGUGAUUUCAGAAUAAAAUGAUACAUAGGAAAGCGUAUCAGUAACAUAAUGACUCAAAGAUUGUGGCAGUUUGAUUUAUCAAAUGUGCGUUUGUUUGAAUCCCUUUAUGCAUCUGAUUCCUCAUUUGAUUUCAGUGCAGUGACUCAUUUCAGUCCAAAACAAAUAAAGAAAUAUCUGAGAUCUAAUGGGAUCAUCAUUUUUCAACGAUGUAUGCAGCAAUAGCAUCCCUGGGGAAUUUGCCACGUCAAUGGAGGAUAGGGAUUAUUGCAUAAAAUCUGUCUCUUUAGGUCAAGUCAUAAAGGAUUUUUAUCUUAGUGAAGUUGAGUUAAUAUCCUUUUUGUAUCAGCCAAAAGACAGUUAUUACAUACACAACCUUCAAAGCAAUAGAGAAUUAAAUUCAGUACAAUUUCCUGUCGGUUUUAAUGCAACUGUUUUAAAAUAAAACCCUCAAAACCUAGUCAUCUAAGAAAGUAGAGAAAAGCUAUUUUUCACUGAUUUUUUUUUUUUGCCAUUUGAAUUUUAUAUACUUUUCUCUUAAGGUGGUUUCAGGCUUUUUGAGACAACUAAACUCUGUAUAAGUACAGAAGAUUCCAAUAUGAGUUCAUUUACAGCUUAGAUGGCUGUUAUUUUUACAUAUAUGACCCUGAAUAAUAUAUCUAUAUUCUUCUUUUGGUAUUUGAUGCAAAAUAUCAGAUGCACUAGAGCCAAAUAUAUGAACACCAAAAGAAUAAGAAAGAAAAAAUGCAGAAUUUGCCACACUUGGACAAUGUAAAAUCUGUGUUGGUUUUUGUCACACCAUAAGUGGGAAUGCUUUCAGAACUUGCGAAAAAAUAUAUAAAUAAACUAAAAGCUCUCUUUUAUACUUGUGUAAUCCGAUUUUCCUCUGCAGGUCACUCUCUAGCCACAAUCAUAAGGAUGUAAGAGGUUAGCACCUGAAAAAGAAACAUGCAUAAGGUAUGAGCUAGGCUCAAUCCUGCUUCUCUUCAAAUUCCAGGCAUAUUUAUUUUAUAUUGAGCUGUCUUAAACUGAAACACUUCUUGUGACCACCAAGGAAAAAUCUCCAGGGCUGUCCAAUAACCAGUUUAGUUUUGGUUUUGGGCUUUUAUUUUCCCCUUAAGAUAACUAUUACAAAAUUUGUUUCUAUUAUUCAUCUUAAAAGGCAGCAGCUCUUUUUGCAGUCAGUUUUACAGUUGCAGCACUGCAUAGUUAGUUCUUCCUGGGCCUGGUGCUAUGCCUAUGGAAUCACUGGAAGAACGUCUUAUAUAUAAAAAAACAUAAUAAAAUACAUUUUUCAGGAAGAGGCUCUUGCUUAGUUAUAUAUUUUGUAUGUUCUUUGCUUGAUAUAUUGCACAGAGAAAAAAAUCUGUUCUGCCAAAAUGCACAAAGUGUGAGCAGAAACCAGACCAGAGUCUUUAACCCCAUGUGGGCAGGGAAUACAUGGAAUAAUUCUGUCCUGAAAGGCACAUUUGCAAGGUAAAAUGCUUGAUGCACGUCAGGUGAGACAGAGAUGGGAGUUUUUAAUUAUAAAAUACUGUUUUGCAAUCUGUUAGUCAGUAUCUGUCAGUACCAGUAAAGUCCAGUCUCAUUGUUACCAUGAAUAUAAAAUUCUCAUGUGUAACAAAAUAAUCUGACCUUAACCUCUGGAAUGAAAAAAAAUAAUUUAGUUUUUUUUUUUUUUUUUUAGUUUUACAUGUGUUGAAAGCACAAACUGCUGAUUUAUAUGUAAAUAAAUGCUACAAGAUGAAUGUAAAAUGGGAAAGAAUAUACUAUUUUUGCAUGGUAAUAGGUGACUUAAAGACCUCUUGAUGCCUUAGAAAAAAAUUGGAAAAUAAUUUUAUUUAAAGGCAAUUCUAUUGGCUUGCCUUUUGUAUCUUUAGUUCACUUUGGUAUUCUCUGGGGGGGAAUAAGAAUUAAUCAUUGUUUCUUCUUGGAAUUGAUGUUCUUCAGUAUUUUACACAUUUGGUGGAUUCUACACCACCUUUGCGCCUGUGAAACAAUGAAGCUUUUCAGAGAAAAAAUCUGGAUGCCUGUAGCCCAGAAGUGAAAAAUUUUUAGAUCCCUUGAAUUCUUCCAAAGCAAACUGUUUUCUGAGGCAUCUGGAGUCCCUUUAAGCCUUUCAUUGCAGCUUUUUGUUAUGUACUUUAGCAAAGUAAAAGCAGCCAGCAAAUGAGGCAUUUUGGUAAGUGUUGCCUAUUGUAUUUUCAACUGAAAGUGAAGGGGGGUAAAAUUUAACAUAUACAUUUGUGAAAAAAAAUCCUAACUGUUAUUAAAAAUCUUUCAGUUUUGGUAUAGCAUGUAUAUCAAAGAAUCAUCUAUGGAAACUUUUGUAAAGAACUAAAUUCUCACCUUUCUCAAAACUGCCCAUAAGAUUUUCUCAUGGACUGACAUACAAUAAAAGCUCUUUUAUAAAAUACGUUGUUCCUCCAGCACUUUGUCCUCACCAUUGGUAUGAAGUCAUUUAGAAUGUGUGGCUAAACUAAACAUGUUGUAAAAAUAAGAAAUUAUGUAAAAUAAAAUAAUGACCAAAAGCAUACUGGGACAUGAGAUUGAUUUUAGCAAUCUCCUAUGAAAACUAAUUGUUGCAAAGUUCUCUGAAGAUGCAGCAGUCUUUCUGUAAUGGUUUCAAUUUUAAUUUUAAAUCAAUAAUAAUGUAACUACAUGUAUAUGCUUGUUUAUUAUGAAUUGCAAUUGGGAAUGCAUAGUAUUUUUUCAGAUUGUGUCUAAACCAAUAAAGUUUCAAAGCAUAUGGGCUC